CAUAACAGAAGAGAAAUAUGUUGAUUGACCUAUUGAGAACAGUAAGCGACCUUAGCAAAGAGAGAAUUCCGAAUAUGGAUGAAGGCCUCCUGGCAGAAAAGCUUUAUAAAAGUUUAAAGGGAAUUAGAUACCUCAUUGUCCUGGAUGAUAUUUGGAAUAUAGAUGUGUGGGAUGAUUUCAAAAGAUAUUUUCCAGAUGACAGAUGUGGAAGUAGAAUAAUAUUUACUACUCGGCUCGAAAAUGUGGGUUUGGAAGCUUCACCUCGUGCUGUUGUUAAUCAACUUCCUUUCUUGUCAGAAACUGAAUGUUGGGAUUUAUUACAGCAGAAGGUAUUCCAAAAAGAGCAAUGCCCUCCACAAUUGGUAGACUCUGGAAAGCAGAUCCCAACGAAUUGUCAGGGGCUACCACUCGCAGUUGUUGUGGUGGCUGCAAUUCUUGCCAAUAUGGAGAAGAAAGAAAGCUCAUGGCAAAAAGUUGCAGCAAGUUUAAGUGUGCAUAUAUCUGAAGAAAAUAAUAAGUGCAUGGACAUACUUGAACUUAGUUACAAGCACUUACCAGUUCAUUUGAAACCAUGUUUUCUGUACUUUGGAGUAUUUCAAGAGGACGUGGAGGUCCCUGUGAGAAAGUUGAAAGCGCUAUGGAUUUCAGAAGGAUUAAUAGAAAAAAGAGAGAACAAGAGCUUAGAGGACGUGGCCCACGACUAUCUGAUGGAUCUCAUUGGUAGAAGCCUUGUACUAGUUGCCAAAAGAAGCUCUAAUGGUCAAGUCAAAGCCUGCAAUAUGCAUGAUUUAUUGCGUGAGAUGUGCUUGAGAAUAGCGGAAGAAGAAAACUUUUUGAAGGUUGUCCAAGAUCAAUUGUCAACAGCUGAGAAAAAUCACACGAGUGUUCACUUAUACUUGAAUCCAUCUUCCAUGAGACCUUCAGGCCUGCAUGUCCGUCCUCUAUGUGGCAAUUCACCUGAUCCCUCCUUGUUUGUCCGUUGUAGCAUGAAACUUCUCAGGGUCUUUAAUAUGUCAGCCAUAGACUUGAAAUAUUAUGAUCUGAUAGGAAUUGGACUGCUGAUUCACUUGAAGUACUUGACAGUUCCAUGUACACCAUCAUCUAUAGCCAGACUGAACAACCUGGAAUUUCUUUUGGUGGAUAACAAAGAAGUAGCUCAAAUACCUGAGUUCCUUCUUAAUAUGGUGAAGUUGAGAUAUCUGCAUUUUGGUGGUGGUGCACAAUUCGAUGAAUCUUGUCAUAUGCGAGUAUCUAAGGGUGAGGGCUUCCAAAUGAUUAACUUACAAAAUGUUUCUUUUCUUUUCAUUCAUGAAGAGAAUGACGAGAAAAUCUUGAGAUAUUCACACCAUCUUCGCAGACUGAAAUGUGAGUUUAAAGUAAUUUGGGAUUCAUCUAAGAAGCAAUAUCGCUAUCCUAAUUUCCUUAAUCAGCUUGAAUCCCUCAGUGUAUCUUUCCACCGGAGUUAUGUGACAAACACAAGUCCCGGUUUAAUUAGUUUUCCCUCGCACCUUAAAAAGCUAACUCUUCGCAAGUUUGAUUUAUCUUGGGAGCAAUGAGUUUAAUUGGGAGAUUGCAAAACCUUGAGGUUCUAAAGUUACAAGAUGAUGCCAUCGAGAAAGGACAAUGGGAGACAAGUGAAGGAGAAUUCCUACAACUCAAAUUCUUGGAACUAGAUGGAAUACAAAUUUCACAAUGGAGUGCUUCUAGUGAUCAUUUUCCCAUACUUGAGCGACUAGUGUUGCGAAAAUGCAAACAUUUGAAGAGCAUCCCUCCAAACUUGGGUGAUAUUCUAACACUGCAGAUUAUAGAGGUACAUGGCUGCAGAAAUUCAGUUAUUCAGUCUGCUAAGCAAAUUCAAGAUGAUCAAAUAGACUUGGGAAAUGAGGAGCUUAAAGUUAUUAUCACUCGAUCUCCACUCUUAAGGAGAUUCGGCGGCAACCUUCAAGCAUGAAAUUCUUCACAGGGCGAUAGUGAAGAAGUUCUCUAUAAUUUGUUUUCCCAUCCAUUGCAGUUCUCAUGUUCAAUUCUCCAUUGCGAUCUUGUUUGUUUGGUUUAAUUUGUUAAGCUGAAUUCCAAGACUGUUUCACUUAUAAUUUUUAUUAUUUUAAGAAAUAUCUUAAAUAUUCCAUUCA